CUCAGCGCCCGCCGGCGGCCGCGUCCACCCGCGACGCUCUGAGGUCACCGACGGGGCCGGCCCGCGGGGGGCGGAGGGACGGAGGGAAGAUGGCGGCAGAGGCCGGAUAUUGGCGCCGCCUCCCCCAAUCCCGGAGCCGGCGCAGAUGAGGCAGCUCGGCUGGGGCCAGCGGCGCUUUGGAACCCGAGGUAGGGGGACCCUGGCGGUGGGGCCUGGUCCUGCUAUAUGCCGGCGCCUCGGCUAGAGUGAGUGGCGGCGACGCCUCUUUCCUGCGGCUCUUUCCCUGUCGCUGCGAGAGCGAGCGGGCGGCGGAGGCGGCGGGACCGGGAUGGAGGACGUUAACUCCAACGUGAACGCGGACCAGGAGGUGCGAAAGCUGCAGGAGCUGGUGAAGAAGCUGGAGAAACAGAACGAACAGCUGAGGAGUCGCUCGGGGGCCGUGCAGGGCGCCGGCUCCCUCGGGCCCGGCAGCCCGAUUCGGGCCGGCGCGUCCAUUCCCUCCUCCGGCGCCGCAUCUCCUCGGGGCUUCCCCUUGGGCCUCAGCGCCAAGUCGGGCGGCGGGGCCGGGUCGGUCCCGAGGCGGACGAGUAGCGAAGAGCUGCGGGACGCCACCUCCUUGCUGGCGGCGGGCGAGGGCGGCUUGUUGGACGAGGUGGAGCCGCUGCGGCCCGACGAGCUGGAGCGCCUGUCAGGCUGGGAGGAGGAAGAGGAGAGCUGGCUGUAUUCAUCACCAAAGAAAAAACUUACACCAAUGCAGAAAUCGGUUAGUCCAUUAGUUUGGUGCAGGCAAGUUUUGGAUUACCCAAGUCCUGAUGUUGAGUGUGCUAAAAAAUCUCUUAUCCACAAACUUGAUCAAACUAUGUCAGCUCUCAAGAGGCAGAAUUUAUAUAAUAAUCCUUUCAACUCUAUGAGUUAUACAAGUCCUUACAGUCCAAAUGCCAGUAGCCCAUACAGCAGUGGCUUCAAUUCUCCAUCCUCAACACCCGUGCGACCUCCUAUAGUCAAACAGCUUAUACUUCCUGGAAAUUCAGGUAACUUGAAAAGCUCAGACAGAAAUCCUCCACUCAGUCCUCAGUCCUCUAUAGAUAGUGAGUUAAGUGCUUCAGAAUUAGAUGAAGAUUCAAUUGGAUCCAAUUAUAAGCUAAAUGAUGUAACUGAUGUACAGAUUCUAGCCCGGAUGCAGGAAGAAAGUAAGUAUUCUAAUUAUUCUUUUGCAGAAAAACUAAGACGCAGUCUUCCAAACCUGUCUCGAACAUCUAAUACACAAGUUGACUCAGUGAAAAGCAGCAGAAGUGACUCAAAUUUUCAAGUGCCAAAUGGAGGAAUACCUCGCAUGCAACCUCAGGCUUCAGCCAUACCUUCUCCAGGCAAAUUCCGUUCCCCUGCAGCACCAUCUCCUUUGGCUCUUCGGCAACCAGUGAAAGCAUUUAGUAACCAUGGCUCUGGUUCUCCUGGUAGCCAAGAAAUAACACAGCUCACACAAACCACCUCCUCACCUGGGCCUCCUGUGGUUCAGAACACAGUCUCAGCAAAUCCUCCCAGCAAUAUCAACAGCGCUACUCUAACCAGACCCGCAGGGACAACUGCAAUGAGAAGUGGCUUGCCCAGACCCAGUGCCCCUUCUGCUGGGGGCAUACCAGUGCCUCGCAGCAAACUUGCACAGCCUGUUCGCAGAUCCUUGCCAGCUCCUAAAACCUAUGGUAGCAUGAAAGAUGAUAGUUGGAAAGAUGGCUGUUAUUGACCAGCAAAGACAAGAAUGCAGAAGUCCACGGCUUCAUGGAUACCCUUCACCAGGCUAAAAAACAACUUUUAUAUGCAGACUGUUCAGAUAAGACUCUUGGGAUUUAUAAAAUCCCAGCCCUCUCUGUCUUAAUUAGCACAAACUGACAGAGAUCAUCAAACAGCACUUUAAUGACAUUUAACAUCAGAUGUGUUUGGUAAUCAUACAAUCACUCUCCAUAGAAUCACUUUUAGUUUUGUUUAAUAGAAACUAGGUUGAUUUUUUUAACAUAUUUGACAGAGGCCAAUAUCUGGGCAAAUACUUAAUGGAUGCCAAAGAGAAAUGCCCAUUUGUAAAUGAGAAAAAUGCCCAUUUGUGCACAAGAAAAUGGUGAAUUCAAGCUAUCCAAAACUUCACAUUCAACCUAAUUUACUGUAUAAAUAGUAUCAAUAAAUAUUUGUGUUAAUGAGAACUAAUAUUCUGACUAAUUAUCUAAAAUGUUUCACUAGUACAGCAGGAAACUACAGAUUGAGAUUAGGGGGUGGGAGGAAAGAAACCUGGGCUAGAGAUUUAAAACAUUCCUAAAUUUGGGAGAAUUUCAGAAAUUAUUUUUACAGAUUCAUUAGAAAAAUUGUCAUUUAAUCUUAAGUUUUGGAUGUAGCUCACGUAUCACCACCACCAGAUAGUGUUACAGCACGCAUCCAUCAUGUUGCAUUGACACAUCGAACUUCUGUGUGUUUGUUUUGAUUGCCAAAAGGGCUUAAUAUCAGUUGUACAAUCUUUCUAAACUUUAUAGUUCCUGGCUCAGGAAAGAUGGCCUUUGCUGUUGAAGCCAACUUCUUCGCAUGCUGUUAUCUUUACAGAACUAAGAGAUCUUGUUUCUGUUAGCAGGUUUUCAUGAUAGGAAAGAACAAGUAGUGUGUGUCUUUAUUCUUGAUACAACACCACCUCAGUGCUUACAACCUGGAACAAAACCAUACAAUGAGAGAGAGGGGGAAAAAAAUCUAUGCACUUAACCUACAAAAUCUCUGGUGAUGACAGUUGUAUUGUUGCUAUUACAUGGCAUAAUGAUCUAUUAUGUGGUAGGAAAAUAUAGCCUGCUAAAUCCUACUUAAGUUGAUCCACUUUAAACUGAGUAACCGUAUAAAACAUCUAUUGAAAAUUCUUUCCCUUUUGACUUAGAUUCUGCCUUAUAUUAAUUUUUGCUUUUUUGGUAACAAACCUACUACAUAUGAUUCUAACCUGAUAAAUACUUGGUCUCUAAUGACUCUUAAUAAAUCCUUGAAAUCACCUAUUUCAAUUUUAUCAGACUAUUACCAGAGUAAAACUUCCUUCUGUAGCAGGCCUCUCAUUUUUUAUUAUGAGGUCUGUUUUUAAAUCCUUAAUUUGAACAGCUCUAAGAUAUUGUCUCUUAGGUCAUCUAAAAACUUUUAGAGAUUUGAACGUAAGUUCAUUUCCUGUUCAUCAAAGACAUUCCGUAAGUUGGCAAAAGAAAUUGGAAGAGAGAAAAUGGAAGGCCUGAUAUUCAUGAUGGCAUUAAGGUUGGUAGGUUGAAAGAAUGAUAAAAACUUAAAACCAGGACCUCCAUUCUGUCAUGACUGACACCAUGGUAGUCUGUCAACUUGACCAGUGGAAAGUCAUUCAUUUAGCACAAGCAGCUGGAGAUUGAAACUGCCAGUAAUAUGUAUUUGGUGUAUAACGCAAAGAAGAAACUUUAUCCUUGAAUUUGAGGGUGAUGGGGUGGGUCAGGAAAGGAUGGCGCAGAAUUCUACAUGAUAAUGAACUAAAAAAUGUUGCUUUUCAAAGGAAGAUAAAGCAUCUUCUUUUGGGAGGGGGGUAUCUCAUGUCUAAGUAAGUAAAAAAAAAAAGAACUAGCUACUGUCUCUUUUAAAAACCACGUACAAAAGCAAAACAAGUCUCAGUUUUCAGUACAACAUUUCAAAAAAUAUAUAUGCUGCAAUCUAAUAAUUGAAAGGAAUUUUACCUAUUAUGAAACACAUUACAUUUUUUAAGUUAGAUAAUCAGUUUCAAAAGAGUAUUCAGGUUAUUUAACUUUGUUUUGAAAUGGCUGCAUCAGAAAAAAAUGUCUAUUUUUUUUUAUUAAAAUAUUUCAUCACUUGUUAAAACGUAUUUUGGAUCUGAGUUUGGUAAAGUAUUAUUUUACGUGCUUUUGUACUACCACAGACUGUUGACUUUUAGUUUCCUAAAGAGAAAAAUUGCCUUUUUACUAGAAAGCCUUUGUAUAUCGCAGUUUUUCUGUUUGGGAAAAUCUAAGGAUUUACUGUGGUUAGUCUUACAGAAGAAAUGUGGAUUUGAUAAACUAGUGCCUAUGAUUUUAACUUAUGUUUGAUAUAUAGUAGUAAGGGUUUUAUGAAUGUUGAUUAUUUUGUGCCAACAGCCCAGAAUUGUCACUUACGUGUAAGCAGAAAACAAUGAGCUCUGCUUCCAAAGUUAUUUAAUUUUCUCAGUGUUUGAAUGUUAUUUUUUGUAAGUGUGUUAAUAAAAGUGUAAAGAAUUGGAAAAAAAUAUAAAUAUUCUUAACUCAAGCAUUUGCUGGAUCAUUUUUCUACAAAACUUGUUUGUAUAAUAUAAAACACUCUCUGAAGAGUUGACUUUUUUUCAGUUUCGUAUCCUGGAAAUCACAUUUUGUAAAACUGGGGACCAUUCAUAAUUGUCAGAUACUUUUUAAAAUUAUCUCAAUACAUCACUUUUAUAAGAAAAAAAGUUUUUUUGAAAGAAAAUUAGAUACAUACGUGGCCCCAGAUGUUUGUAUAACUCUAGAAUGAUCUAGACUAUGUAUGUUUAAAUUAACUUUUUAUUGAAUGUACAGGUGUCCAUUUUUGACGUUACGCAUGGUCCUUUUAGAUCACAUGACGUUUGAUUUGCAAACAUUUCUAUAGCCGAACUUGUAUAUGUGGUUGCCUCCUUAAUAAACAGCCUGACCAUAAUGUUUAUUAUUAAAUUUAUAUAUUUUUUAAUUGUUUAAUUAA